AAACUUUUAAGUAAAAUGGACUUAGACAUUAACAAUAAUAGCUUUGAAGAUGAAGUAGAUUUUAUAGAUCAAAUAAAUUAUAUGAAUAAAAUGGGUUAUAAAGAUGUAAUAGAUCUUGAAAAUAAUGAUCCAGAAUAA